AGUGGCGGCGGCACGUUCCGUCCGGGUCCGGGUUCGGGCCGAGGCUCCGGCGCCCAAGUUACAGCCAUGGACGACCUCGACGCUCUGCUGGCGGACUUGGAGUCCACCACGUCGCACAUCUCCAAACGGCCUGUGUUCCUGUCAGAGGAGACGCCUUAUUCGUACCCCACUGGAAACCACACGUACCAGGAGGUGUCCCCGCCCCCGCCCGUGCCCCCACCCCCCUCCAGCGAGGCCCUAAAUGGCACAGACCUCGAGCCUUUAGACCAGUGGCAGGCCAGUGUCCCCCGAAUCACUCACCAGCAGCCUCCGUCCCCAUCCCCCAUCUAUAGCUCCACUGCUAAAACCAACACCGCCCCCCACCCCCAGGACGGCAGAGGUUCUCCGUGUUCUCGUGCCGUCGAGGAAGACCACGUAUACAGCUUCCCCAACAAGCAAAAGUCCGCGGAACCAUCCCCCACCAUCAUGAGCACCUCGCUGGGGGGCAACUUGUCAGAGCUGGACCGCUUGCUGCUGGAGCUCAACGCAGUACAGCACAGCCCCCCAGAUGAAGCCAAUACCAGCCCCCCACUGCCAGGGGCCUUGAACCCUCACUAUGGCAUCCUGGAGAACAGCACUCCCCCGGGGUCCAAAGCCGGGCCCCUGACCAAGGAGAAGCCCAAGUGGAAUGGGGGCCGAGGCCUGGAGGACGUGCGGCCCAGCGUGGAGAGUCUCCUGGAUGAGCUGGAGAGCUCUGUGCCCAGCCCCGUCCCCGCCAUCACAGUGAACCCCGGUGGCCGGCAGCGAGCCGCCUCCAGCCAGCAGACGCGCAUCUCCGCCUCCUCAGCCACCCGGGAGCUGGACGAGCUCAUGGCCUCCCUGUCGGACUUCAAGGUGGUCUUCCCGCCCGGCUCCCCCACCACCGGGAGGCAAACCUCUGUGUCCGCAUCUCCUCCUGCCCCUCCUUUUCUCCAGCUCAGCACCGACUCCUCCUCUUCUCCCCUCUCCGGCCCACCUGGCAGCCCUGCUGCCCCCCAAGACUCCCAUGGGGCCCAGAGCACGGGGCUGGGGUCCCUGGAAGAGGCCAUUCGGGCCCCCUCCCCUGGCUCUCUCCCACCCCAUGCUGUGAGGUCCGUGGGCUGCCAGACCGAGGACGACCCACUCUUUCCCCCGAUGCAGAUCCAAGGCCUAGAGCUGAGUGUGGACGGGGCACAAGGCUGGGCGGCUGGCUGGCCUCCGAGCAUCGAGCACCACGGCCCUGAGGGGCAGGACGAGGGAGGGUUUAUGACUCAGGGGAAAACUGGGAGCAACUCUCCCCCAGGGGGCCCCCCAAAGCCCGGGAGUCAGCUGGACAGCAUGCUGGGGAGUCUGCAGUCCGACCUGAACAAGCUCGGGGUCGCCACUGUGGCCAAGGGGGUCUGUGGAGCCUGCAAGAAGCCCAUUGCUGGCCAGGUGGUGACCGCCAUGGGGAAGACAUGGCACCCGGAGCACUUCGUGUGCACCCACUGCCAGGAGGAGAUUGGGUCACGGAACUUCUUCGAGCGGGAAGGACAGCCAUACUGUGAAAAGGACUAUCACAACCUCUUCUCGCCGCGCUGCUACUACUGCAACGGGCCUAUCCUGGAUAAAGUGGUGACUGCCCUGGACCGUACGUGGCACCCCGAGCAUUUCUUCUGUGCCCAGUGUGGAGCUUUCUUCGGCCCUGAAGGAUUCCAUGAGAAGGACGGCAAGGCCUACUGUCGGAAGGACUACUUCGACAUGUUCGCGCCCAAGUGUGGCGGCUGCACUCGAGCCAUCCUGGAGAACUACAUCUCGGCCCUCAACACCCUCUGGCAUCCUGAGUGCUUCGUGUGCCGGGAGUGCUUCACGCCAUUUAUCAACGGCAGCUUCUUCGAACACGACGGGCAGCCCUACUGCGAGGUGCAUUACCACGAGCGGCGCGGCUCGCUCUGCUCUGGCUGCCAAAAGCCCAUCACAGGCCGCUGCAUCACAGCCAUGGCCAAGAAGUUCCACCCGGAGCACUUUGUCUGUGCCUUCUGCCUCAAGCAGCUCAACAAAGGCACCUUCAAGGAGCAGAACGACAAGCCCUACUGUCAGAACUGCUUCGUCAAGCUCUUUUGCUAGGCCCUGGGCAGCCCCUUCACCCGCCCCGCGCCCCCUGUCCUGCCUCUCCAGGAGCCUCGGGGACCCAGAGGCCACCCCCACUGAAACUGGAACCUGCUUCCUCAGUCGGUGCAGGAUGGCCGGGGGGUAUCGUGAGGGGGUUCCCCCUUGCUUUGCUUCAGCACCCCUUCCAAGAGCCUCCAGGCCCUGCUUUCCUCCUGCAGCCACACACACAAACACAUACACAGGUUGCCAACUCUUUGACUUCCUGGAGGCUGUCCCAUGUGUGUGUGUCCCCACAACCCUCCUGGCCAGGCCAGACCCCACACUGGAGCCAUCUCUUACUCGUGUUAGCAGCGGGGAUGCUGGAUCAGAUGGGGUGUCUCUCUCUUCAUUCUUUCUCCCUCCCCCGACCUAAUUAACGAUCCUUGUUCUGAGAGUCUUGGGGGCCAGUGGGCCCCCUUGUCAAUGCCAGCAUAAAUACACUCAUUGGAGAGCCCCAGGGUCCCGCUGAAGUGUCCCCCACUUUUCAUCCAGUCCUUUGUCCUCCCCUGGCCUGGAUGCCCACCUUUGCAUUCUCCAAUAACUCCCCUGGUCCUACUGAGAAAAGCCUUGUUUAGCAAUAAUGUUUUCUAGUCUCUUCCUCCAUCUACGGGCCUCUCACCCGGGGCCCAGUCACUGCCGACCCGAGAGAUUUCUACACUGAGGUUUGAAUUCAUAACCGCCCUGAGACGCUCCUCCUCCUCUUCCUCUCCACAAUGAUUCUGAAGAAAUUUUUUUGAAGAUGUCCCCUUUUCUACUCUCCUCCUUGGCCACCAAAAGGGCCAGGGCCACGACUUUGCCUUGGACCAAGGGCUGCGGGCUGGGGAAACAAUUUGUACUUGAUUUUUUUUUAGCACAAACAGCUGCACCAGGAGCAUUGUUACUGCCUGCAGCCCACCAGACCGUUUCUGAAAACUGCUGUAUUUGAACCAACUGACCCUUCCUUCCUUCCUUCCUUCCUUCCUUCCUUCCUUCCUUCCUUCCUUCCUUCCUUCCUUCCUUCCUUCCUUCCUUCCUUCCUUCCUUCCUUCCUCCCUCCCUCCCUCCUUCCCUCCCUCCCCCCCCCCAUCAGGACCUCUACUCCACGAAUGGACUUUGCCCUUUUGGGGGGGCCUUGAAUAGCUCCCCCCGUUUCCUUUCCCAGUAAGCCAUUAGGAGCUUCUGCUCCCCCUGUGAAACUUCUGGCAGCCCAGAGACAACCUCAGUCUCCUACCACCUCUCACAGGCUCCCCCACCCCCACCUGCCUUCUCAGGAAAGCUGGGAUCUGACUUUGACCUUCGGUCUGGCUGAUUCCACUGGGCGGAUCACGCCCCAUAUUAUCUCUAACCCCCUUUUUCCUUUGCACCUUUGGGGCUGAGCCCUAGGAAAUGGGCUCAGCUUGUAAGAGGGCCCAUAGGAUAUAGGGCAGAGGGACGAACGGGGUCCUGAAGAAGCUUGGAGAACUUUUCCUCAGAGCUGGGACAUGAGCAAGCAGGUCUGGGGUGUCUGGUAGAUGGAAAGCCCCCCACCCCAUGGGGUCAAAAGCAAAGGAGAUUCCAGGCCUUGCCACAUGAGGGGCUGAGAAGAGUCUCCCUCCUCGGUAGCAGCCUGAGGGGGGCUGGCCUGGGCCCAGAUGGCUUCACCUCCACCACUAGGCCUUACUGCUCUGUUUACAGCGGCCCUCGAGGUCCAGCCCCAGAGGUUCCAGGGUUCUGGGGUCUACCCUCUGGGUCAAUGGUUAUUUGAUUUGAUUUGAUUUUUAAUAUUUUUUUUCCUGUAAACUUCUAACUUGGCUUUUCUGCAUUUCAAUUCUUGAAUUCCUGUGAUUUAUGCCAAUAAAGUUUGCCAUUAUUUUCA